UGUUUUUAUUGGUAAUGGAACGAACCGGAGAGAAAUAACUGGUCACUGUUUUUUAAGCCUAUUUUAAAGUCGCCCAUCAAAGAUCAAAAUCUGGUUUCGCUUCUUUGCUCGUUCAUCGGAUCAGUCAUGGCAGACGCGAUUGAACUGAAAACAGCCCCAGCUGACUUUCGUUUCCCUACAACAAAUCAAACUAGACAUUGUUUCACCCGCUACAUUGAGUUUCAUAGGUGCUUGGCUGCAAAGGGUGAAGAGUCUAAUCAAUGUGAGAAAUUUGCCAAAUACUACCGUUCUCUUUGUCCUGGUGAAUGGAUUGACAAGUGGAAUGAACAGAGGGAGAAUGGUACUUUCCCGGGUCCUCUGUGACUGUGAUCACAUGUUGGAAAGUAGGUGAAGCAUUGCUUCUUUGGCAUGGAAAAUUUGUCUGUAGCUAGUUUCAAUGGUUAUUCUUGAACAUUUCGAAUUAAUAAGCUACAAAUGGAAAUUUGUGGCCGAUGAGUUGUUAAAAAACUGGAAUAUGCUCUGAUGUUUUAAUUCAUGAACCUGCUUUUUUCAGCAGAUUGUUUCAUCUUCAUUUACGUUUUAGUGGUGUGGUAUUACUUUCAUGAA